AUGAAAUCCAAAGACAUGGAUAACAGUUCUCGUAUUGUAGAACAACAACAAAGUGAUAAUAACAGGAUGACGAAAAUAACAACAACUGAUACAUUAGCUCAAAAAAAAACCACUAGUUCAUCGUCGCAGUUGUCUUUAGAAAGAACCUCUUCUUUUGCAACAACAGUUGCAACAAUGACAGCCACAACAGCAACGACAGCAGCAACAGCAACUACAGCAACAACAGUGACAGCAAAAACAGUGACAGCAACAAUAGAAACGGCAACAACAGCAACAGCCACAACAGCAACAACAGCAGCAGCCGCAGCAGCAACAGCAACAGUAAACGAUGAAACAGUAAACGAUAAAACAGUAAACGAUAAGACAGUAAAUGACAAGACAGUAAAUGACAAGACAGUAGAUGACAAGGAUAAUCGAUUUAUUACGUCUUUGGAAGGUGGUGCCAAAUUAACAAUGAUCCAGGAUUCAUCAAAUAAAACAACCAAGUUCAUCACCCAAGAGAAAUCGACUCGAGUUGAAGUCCCUUCUGAAAGCAACUCCCCAACAAACGCAGAAGUAGUCGUCAAUCCAAGUGCCACAAAAUCUGAUAACCAUAAGAGAAAAGGAUCUUUUUUGGAAAAUGGGGAGGAAGAUAACACAACCAAUACAAACGUUCGUAAAAAAAUCAAAAAAUCUGUUAAAGGUAAACAAGAACAGAGAGAGAAAAAAGUGCCAGUCAAGAGAAAACGAACAGAGGAACUCGAUUAUUCAAGCGAAAGCCGAACGGACUCUAACGCUUCGGAUGAUUCUUUAGAAAAUGAGAAACGCAAGAAGCGAGAAAAGACUGCUCAAAAACCUCCAUCAACUCCUGUUGCGUCAAAAUAUUUAUCAUCAUCAAGUACUGCUUCAAAAUGCUUACCAUCAACUCCCCCAAAACGCGAUUCACCAAAUAAUCCAUUUUUAAAUGACGAUGAUCCGUUACGAGUUCUCCGUGAAAGCUCAUUGAGCACACCUCCUUUUGAUUACUCGACACCUCAUAAAAUUCGUGCUCAUGAAGCGCAACAUCAAAUGGCAUAUAUAUUUCAGGGGGUUCGAUUCCCCAUCCCGAAAACUUAUUACGAUGAUAUCGAUGAUCCAAAUGAUCCAAUAGGACCAAUUCAACCACGAAAUCUUCUUGCUACCUUCCAUCAACAAUUAGAACGAGAUUCUGAUGAUGACGACGAUUACACUAAAUUGCACGCCUCUUCCUCCUCUAAUAACCCCAACAAAAACGACAAUGGAAUCGUAGAAGAUUCGGAAAAUCCUUUCGUUGAAUCUGAUGAAAUUAUUCAUAUCGAUCCUAAUGACAAGGCAUCAAAACGUAUCACCGAAUACGCUAAAUUACGUAAAACUCCGUCGAUGAGUGAGCAAAACGGCAAAAAGAAGGCCCAAUGA